GAAAGUGGCACAUCAGGGACGUCACAUAACAGAAGGAGCCCUCAGAGGAGCUGGAUUUUGGAUUAUUGGAAGUAAAAGGCUUAUUGCUUCCAUCAUUCACAAAUGUGUCCUCUGCAGAAAACUUAGAGGAAAAAUGCAAAUUCAAAAGAUGGCAGAUUUACCCAUUGACAGACUGUCAACCAUGCCACCAUUCACUAGUGUGGGGCUGGAUGUUUUUGGGCCCUGGACAGUCUCUACACGUCGCACCAGAGGUGGGAGUGCUGAAAGCAAACGCUGGGCUGUACUUUUUACCUGCAUGUCCACAAGAGCUGUGCACAUUGAGCUGAUUGAAUCAAUGUCAACAUCAAGCUUUAUUAAUGCCCUAAGAAGAUUCUUCUGCAUCCGUGGACCUGCCCAAACGCUACGCUCUGACAGAGGGACAAACUUCAUUGGAGCAUGCAAUGAACUGCAAAUUGACCAUAAAGACACAGAGCUGAACUCUUACCUGCUGGAGAAAGGAUGCACAUGGCUGUUCAACUCUCCUCACUCCUCACAUAUGGGUGGAUCGUGGGAGCGACUCAUCGGAGUGGCAAGGCGCAUCCUGGACGGAAUUCUUUUGAAAGCCAAACACAUCCAACUCACACAUGAAGUGUUAAGUACAUUCAUGGCCGAAGUGAUGGCAAUAAUAAAUGCAAGACCACUUGUACCAAUUUCAACAGAUCCGGAUAAACCAAACCUCCUCACUCCAGCAAUGCUUCUCACCCAUAAGACGAAUGCGCUAUCUGCACCAGCGGGAAGCUUUGCAUCUCCAGACUUAUACUCAAAGCAAUGGAAGCAAGUACAGUGUCUGGCAGACUCUUUUUGGAAACAGUGGAAAAGUGAGUACUUAUCAACUUUGCAGAAACGCAGGAAAUGGACUGACGAUAAACCGAACAUUAAAGUUGGUGACAUUGUGUUACUGAAAGAUGCUCUCGCUCACAGAAACAACUGGUCCAUGGGAAAAGUUGUGAGAACAUUUGAGAGCAAGGACAAUAAGGUUCGGAAAGCAGAAGUAAAAACUGCAACAGACGGAAAUGAAAAAGUGUUUUUGAGACCCGUUACUGAUAUGGUUUUGCUAUUAUCAGAUGAAAGUUAAAGUGUUAUAGCUAUAAACGGUUCAAAAUGUUUAUGGAAAAGAUUGCUGUAGUGGCACAAUUGUAUUGUACCAGGCGGGGAGUGUGCUGCCUCUUUGGUUGAAAAGUGCACUAGGGCACCCCCUGCUGGAUAAUGCACUGUAUUAUUUGGUGACGUUAAAAGAAGGUGUAGAUCCAAGAUGGUGGAAUGCAGCACCAAACAAUUUGGGAAAUGAGCUGAUUGAUAUCUUUCACGUUGUGUUUCAGACAAGAUUUGUUCGUAAGUACCGUUUAUUUGUGAAAACAACUGUUUCUUGUCUUUAUGUAACUGAAGUGAAUAAUUGUACACUAGAGGUAUUUAUUGAACCUGAUUUAUUUAACUUGCAGCAAGAGUGAUUGACUUUGUAAUGUUUGUAUGUUACAGUUACGAUGGCUAAAGUGAUGGCAGUGGUCAGAGGCCACUCUUCAAUAAACAAGUAAAAAGAGAAAAGAAGUUUGGUUAUUGGAGCGUCGUUGUCUGGCUGUCUAGCUUGCUGA